GCACGUAUCUAUACGGUGUGAAAUGGAUGACGAAAAAUUAAUUGAACUCGUCCGUAAAUAUGAGUUUUUAUAUAAUCUACAACACCGGAAAUAUAUGGAUACUGCGAAAAAGGAAAUGGCUUGGAAGCAAAUUUCGGAAGAACUGAAACAAUCAGCUGCAGCUUGUAAACAAAGAUGGCAAGGGCUAAGAGAUGCAUAUAGAAGAGCAAUAAAUAAGAAAAAAGGCAAAAGUGGACAGGCAGCCAAGAAAAUUAAGAAAUGGAAAUAUGAGGAUGAGAUGUCUUUUGUGGCUUCAUUUUUGGUUGCAAAACAAACUUUAGAUAGCGUUGACCUGUCGAGUGACGAUGAAGAGUCUCAAGAAGAGGUUACUGAAGUCCAGAACCCUAACUCCGGCAAUGAGAUCAACAGUACCGACGCUGUGGAUGUGGCUGCUCCUCACGAUACUGAAAUUCGGAGUGAAAACGACAGUAUUGUUCAUAAUAUAUCGUCACAACCACAACAGAGUGAAGUAAGAAAGGCAAAGGCAAUAAAGAAGGCGAAAGUUCAACCGAAACAGUUAGAAUCCGCUGUUUUGAUGUCUAGAUUAUUAGACGAGCAAAUGAAUGUUUCACGACAGUGUGACCACGAAGAACUCGAUCGUUUCUUUUUGAGUAUAUCAGCAACAGUAAAAAAAUUUUCACCUUACCUACAAGCAAUAGCAAAAAAUAAGACAUUCAGUUUCAUUUCUGAAAUGGAGUUACAGCAACUCGCACCACCUAGGUUUAUUACAAAUAUACCUCAAUAUACGGACACCCUAUCUCCAGCAUCGAGUUCUUCAAGCGUUCAAACAAGUGCUACACCUAUACCUCCUUGGAAUACGGCUGGCAACGAUUGGAAUAAUCGGUCUGAAAAUAUGUUUCAAUAGGUC